UGAGUCAUUUUGACCAGAGAGACUACUUCAUCACUUCAGCUGGCGAAAAUAAUUGCAAUUAAUAAUAUUUAAAAACCCAAAAAUAUCAACGAAAAAUGGAAGAAGAAGACGAAGAAAAGACGCAGAAAUCUCGGAAGCAGCAGCAGCAACAAGAGGAGGAAAAAGAAGACAAAAAACAAAGACGAGAACCAGUACCAGAGAUGUCUUCAAGAUCAUCGCUUCACUCACUACCACCAACGACCGUUGAUUCACCUCCUGACUCACCCAACACCGUCUCUUCGAUCCCCGACAGCCACGGAUCUUCUCCUCACACCGUCAUCCCAACUCCUUCCGUCGCCACGAAAGACGAGACUCCUUUUAGGGUUACUAACGCAGAUUUGGCGGAGCAGAAACUCGGCGAGAGCAGGAGGCGACUUAGGCCGCCGAGCUUCUCCACUGCUCCGCGUGAAUCGAAAUGGGCGAGUUUCGUUAGGAAGGCUUUGCUUGGGUUUAGGGUUACUGCGUUUGUAUCGUGUCUCGUCUCCUUCUCUGUUAUGGUUGCUGAUAGAGAUAAAGGAUGGGCUCGUGAUUCUUUCUACAAAUACAAAGAGUUCAGGUUCUGUUUGGCUGCGAAUGUGAUUGGUUUUGUCUACUCAGCUUUUAUGAUAUGUGAUCUCGUUUAUCUGUUAUCUACUAGCAUUCGCAGAUCACGACACAACCUCCGACAUUUCUUGGAAUUUGCUCUUGAUCAAAUGAUAGCGUAUCUUCUUGCAUCGGCUUCAACUUCAGCUUCUAUCCGCGUAGACGAUUGGCUAUCAAAUUGGGGAGCAGACAAGUUCCCAGACUUAGCUAGAGCAUCUGUCUCGUUAUCUUUUGUCUCCUUUGUCUCAUUCGCCUUCUGCUCCUUGGCUUCUGGUUAUGCCCUUUGCUCACUCCGGUCUAUCUAAUCUUUAACCAAUACAAGCACAAGAAAUGGAGACAAACAAUCUUGUUUUGUUGAAGCUGUAAUAUAUAAGUUGCAUCCUUCUGCUCUUCUAUUUAAUGGUUUAUAGAAGGAACUUGACCCUGAAACUCUGUCCAGUUUCUUAACAUUUAAAAAAAAAACAAAAAUUAUCUUUUAUUUAGUGGCAGAGUUUUAUUUUAGUGUGGUUUCAA